AUGAAUUUCAUAAAAAACCCAAAAGAAAUUCUGGUGCAAUUCUCCAGAUGGAUCUCGGAUCUUGACAGGAGGCUACUGCUUUUAAUCCUUUUACCCAUUUUACUUUUUAUCUACGUUUCUCUCUUGUCAAUCAACGCCAACACCACCAGGAAAUCCUUUUCCAAUUUUGGCCCUUUCAAAUCCAUAUUCAAGAACUACUCCCCCAUCAGCCAUGACGAUGAUGUACAGAACAAGACCCAGCCCGAGCCUAAGAAAGGGCCGAGAAUUGCGGUUUGUUUAGUUGGCGGGGCUAGGCGAUUCGAGCUCACCGGCCCGUCCAUAGUGAAGAGGAUUCUCAAAGUGUAUAAUAAUUCCGAUCUCUUUCUUCACAGCCCGUUGGAUUCGAAUACUUACAAGUUUACGCUUCUGAAGAAGGCUCCCAGAAUCGCCGCCGUGAAAAUCUUUCGGCCGCAACUGAUUCCGGAGACUGAGUCCCAGCUCCGAGUCCUCACUUCUCAGAACUCGCCAAACGGCAUACAGGGCCUGUUGCAAUAUUUCAAUCUGGUUGAAGGAUGCCUAACAAUGAUCCAAUCAUACCAAGAAAAGAACAACUUUACGUAUGACUGGAUUAUCCGAACCCGAGUUGAUGGGUACUGGUCCAAACGGUUGGCCCCCGAUAACUUCAUCCCAGGUCAGUACGUAGUUCCACCGGGUUCCUCUUACGGUGGCCUAAAUGACCGUUUUGGCGUCGGCGAUGUUAACAGCUCGAUCGUUGCACUUUCAAGACUUUCAAUGGUUCCCGAACUUGACUCUGCCGGGUUCACACAGCUUAACUCGGAAACAGCAUUCAAGGCCCAACUCACGACUCGAAAGGUCCCUUAUGUUACCAAACCCCUUCCGUUUUGUAUAGUAACAGAUCGUCAAUAUGACUUCCCCCCGGCCCGUUUUGGUGUCCCGGUGGCAGCGUUGUCUAGCCCAGGCGCAUUAAGUGGGGCUAAAUGCAGGCCUUGUACACCAGUGUGUACUGGGUCGUGUGUUGGGCCUAUAAUGAGUAGGCUUGACAAAGGAUGGAGCUGGACUGAAUGGGCCAACAACACCGUACAGCUUUGUGAUGCCCAUGAUAAAUGGGAAAAUGGGUGGGAGAAAAUAUUUGAUAGAGUAGCUGGGAAAAAGCUAGCCGCGGUGAGGAAGGAAGUUUGGUCCCUGAAAAUCGAGCAGUGUAUCAAUGAUUUUGAGAAGUUGAGAAAUCGGACGGCCAGUUGGGAGACUCCGCCAGUAGCUGAGAUUUGUGGGCUUGGUUUGAAAUCUAAAUGA